AGGCCCAACUUAACCAAAGGUGAUAAACAAACAACCACUUCCAUAAAGUCUUAAACCCUAAAAAGGACCAAACAUUUCAACAUAAACCCUAGGUCUGUUUUCGCCUCCAGAUCAACACAAAAAUGGGAGCAAGUGACAGUGAAGCAGAGAAAUCAGCACAUAAGGAGAAGAAGAAGCUGCAGGCUUUAGCCCCAAUCGCCAAGCCCCUUGCCGGCAAAAAACUCUCCAAACGAACCCUCAAACUCGUUCGCAAAGCUGCGGAACAUAAGUGUUUGAAGAGGGGAGUUAAGGAGGUUGUGAAGAGCAUCAGACGCGGUAAUAAAGGAGUGUGUGUUAUUGCUGGAAAUAUUACUCCAAUCGAUGUGAUAACUCAUGUUCCAAUCUUGUGUGAAGAGGCGGAAAUACCGUAUGUUUAUGUUACAUCAAAAGAAGAUCUAGCAAAUGCAGGUUCAACCAAGAGGCCGACAUGCUGUGUUCUGGUUCUACCGAAGCCGACUAAGGGAGAAAUUGCAGAGGAAGACCAGCAAAAACUGAAAACCGAAUAUGAUCAAGUUGCUACAGAAAUCACUUCGCUCGCUGCUUCUAUGUUUUGAACACAAUUGUUUGUAUUCAUGUACUUGAGUUUGAGUUUGAUUGUAGUAGUUGUUUUUGAUUUAUUAGCAGUCUAUUAUGGUGCUUUUUUCCCAA